AUGACGGCUCCCCCGGUUGCCUAGCAACCAAGGGGCCUGGAUGCUCACCGUUGGCCUGCCUGGACGGCGCCUCCUUCGGACGGAGCCGAGAUGGUGCCGGCGCUGCGCUCUCGGGGGCCGGCUGCCUCCGCCCGAAAGGGGGGCGAUGGGCUAUGGCCCCAGCGCCCCCAGGCCCCCCUGACGCGCUUCCCCGAGUGAGGGAGCGAGGGAGCGAGCCACUCAGCCGCCAUGAGCCGGAACCAGCCUCGCGCCCGCCUCGAGCCCCGCGAUUUAGAGGCACACGAUAGUAAAUUCCCAGAGAUUGCAAACCUUCAAGAAUCCGAACAUAUCACUUCUCAGCCACUGAAAGAACAAAAAUUGCCAAUGCUAACAUCUGACCACAGAUUUCUGGAUACCAAAGUCUCAGGAAAAUCAUCCAGCAGUUGUCCCUUUGAGAAUGGUUCAGAAAAUGUAUUGAUAAAGUCGAAAAGGAUAAAACAAGAAUAUGCACCUGCAUAUGGCUUGAGAGAUUGUGGUGAAAAUGUUGCAAUGCCAAGUCUUCCUUGGAGAUCUGAGAGAUCUUCUGCAAAACGGAACCUCUCUCCUGUUGCUCAGAAAAGGCAAGGUGCUACUAAUUCAUUUUUAAACAGCUCUUCCAGUAAUGAUGAGCCCAGUUUGCCACCUUUGUAUUUGCUUCCACCUUCUUCAUCGAAGUAUUUUCUUGAAAGCUACUACAAAAGCAAAGAGAGAGGCAUGGGGGAUACGAAUAAAAGAGGGCCGGGUUCUUGGAAACUAGGCCCUCUGAAGACAUCAGGGAUGCGCGGUGGAGUGGGAGACUUAUCUGCUGUGAGGUUGAAAAAACACAACCGGUGUUCCAGUCUACUUUCCUUUCCAGAAGUGUCCAAAUUAAAAUCUGGUAAAUGUAACUGCUUCAAGAAUCCUGUUAUAGGAGCUCCUCCGCAGUACCUCCAACGGCUCUCUGAACUAGCCGCUUUGGAACGUGAAACCAUUCAUCAAGAGAAAAUUAGAAAAUUCAGGAAAACCAAGAAAGACUUGUAGAAAAUGCAUUGGGCAGGGAGAAGGCUCAUUUGCAAGUAUUUAAUGUGUUACUAUUUUCUUGUCCAUCAAUGUCUACAGAACCUCCUUUCAUAAUGAACCCCACAAUUGAUGUAAGAGGGAAAUCCAAUAUUUAAUAAAUAUUUUAUACAUUUAUAA